AAGGUAUCUUCAAUCCGAUCAUUGAUAUUCAAUCCUUUGGCACCUCUAGUUUUGGUGCUCUGGCUCAUGGCCUCUGGUUUCUGUUGUCCAAAACAUUUUCAUCCAAGAAGUUGUCAAUGCAAACCGUUUAGCCAUCGAAUCAGUAUUAAGUGCAGCAGAAUUACACACGUACCACGUGACCUUCCACUCAAUACGGCAAUACUGGAUUUGCCGAGCAAUCAACUGAGUUCGAUCAAAGAAUAUACCUUCGGAAAUCUGACAAUGCUAAAGAAAGUGAAUCUCUCAAAGAACGAGUUGAGAACCUUUCCUCAGAGCACCUUCCAUCUGCCAAACUUAACAAAGAUAGAUUUGUCAUGCAACAUGUUGAAGUUUAUUCCUGAGAAAGCGUUCCAGAAUCUGACGAGUUUAACCUACUUAGACCUUCAACAGAACCUUUUGAAGCAUAUUCCUCAGAGCGCAUUCCAGAAUUAGAAGAAGCUAAAAAGAAUAUUUCUAGCGGGCAACAAUAUUUCGCUGAGUGCGUUCAAAGUCUUCUCAAAAGAACUAAAAAGCGUCGAGUACUUGUAAGUAUAUCCAUUGAAACUGAAUU